AAAUUAAAAGAAAUAAUUUUCCGUUUGAUUUUCUAUGCCAGAUCAAUGAUUUUAAAUUCUAAUUGCAAAUGUAGAAUACUGCUUGAGAAAAUAAAAAAUAACUGCGGCUGCAUCGUAGAUGAUAUUAUAGACAUUGCGGACAUGCAAGCCGUAGUUCAAAAAUUAUGCGAUAAACCAGAUGAAUGUUAUGCAUCAGAAAUAAUCCAACCAAGAUCAAGUUAUAUUCUUAUCAAAGUCAUAAAGCGAUGUGACGAAAACGGCCAAUUUUAUAAAGAAUAUUUUCCUUUGUUAUUUGGCUUAGAAUCGAAAAAUCCGGAAUUUCUUCCUGUUAUUUCAUUUUUGUGGUGUAUGGGUGCAACGGCGUGUAGAUUCUAUGGUUCGUUUAUCAAGUCGAAAGGUUAAUCCUGACUCUUUUGUUAAAGAUAAUAAAGAUGCAAGAUUUGCUACAAGUAAAAUUAAAGGUGCUGGGCGUACGACUACCUCUAAAUCUAACAAAGAUUCAAAUUCGAAUUUAACUGGACAACUGAUACGCAAAACGCGUCAAUAAAAAAUGUACAAAUUUUACGUGUUCUUAUUUAUUUGCUUGUUGUUAUUAUUAUUUUUAUAUAUAACAUGCAUCUAUAUGUGGUAUAUGAUCUGUAUCUAUAAGUUUAUUAU